UUCUUGAAGAAAUACGUGUCCUAUGCGAGGUCUCAUUGCGGUCCUCGGUUAAAUCCGCAGGCUAGCGAGAAACUCGCAAGCAACUAUGUCCGAAUGCGUAACCCGCCAAUCGAUGCUGAUCAUAUUGUGAUGAGCAAAAAGACACCAAAGUCGUCGAUUUCAAUUACCGUCCGUCAGCUUGAGGCCGUGAUUAGAAUGAGCGAAAGCUUGGCAAAAAUGGAAUUGCAGCCGUUUGCAGUUGACAAGCAUGUGGAUGAGGCCCUCCGCCUAUUCCGUGUGUCCACCGUUGAAGCAGCAGCGACCGGACAUCUUGCAGGUAUCGAGGGAUUCACGUCUGAUGCCGACCAGGAAUCAAUGGGAAGGAUAGAAGCACAAAUGAAGAAACGCUUCUCCGUUGGAACACAUGUUUCGGAACUUGUCAUAGUUCAAGAUUUUGUCUUGCGCCAACACUACAAUGAAACUUUGGUUAAACAGGUAAUAUUGAACAUGGUCAGACGGGGUGAUCUACAGUACAAGAUGCAACGAAAAAUGCUCUAUCGUGUUCGUUAA